GGGUCUGAGAAAGUGAUCGUAUCCCCGUGAUAGGACGUCCCUGACGGCGCCUUCCCUCUCGACGUUAACGACGCGACGCGACGCGACGCCACGCUGUGGUCGACGCUGCUGCCGGGUCGCCUGGCAAUCGCUGGUUCAGUCGUCGUUUAUCAGCCGAGCCGCGACGCAGAAGUAAACGGAGGCGCGCGUUUUCAAUCAAAAUCUUCGUGCUCUCCUCUUUCAUUACAGAUCUCGUCCCGUUCCGUUCCGUUCCGUUCCGUCCCGUCCCGUCCCGUCCCGAUCCCUCUUAACGAGACCAUUUCAAUUAUCGAAAGCGUUCCGAGGCGAAAAACGAACCAACGCCGAAUCUCAUUCGUUGUCACGCGCGCAUACUGCUUUUUAUCGAUCGUCCGCUCGAACUUGUUUCGAAAGGGCUCCCGGAAUCGUCCAAGGGUCGAAUCAACAUCCGAGAACACGAAACAACCAACAUGGCGGACAAGAUAUACUACCCCAAUCCGGAGCUAUCCAAGAACGCGCAUUGCAGUUGCAUGGAGCAAUAUAAAAGGAUGCACGAAAAGUCCGUGAAAAAUCCAGUGGAAUUCUGGGGUGAGAUUUCGAAACAAUUUUAUUGGGAAACCCCGGCGGUAGAAGAUAAGUUCUUCUCGUACAAUUUCGACAUAAACAAAGGCGAUGUUUUCAUAAAAUGGAUGGAAGGCGCCUCAACGAACAUAAGCUUCAAUCUGUUGGACAAAAACGUAAAGAGCGGAAACGGCGACAAGAUCGCAUAUUAUUGGGAGGGCAACGAUCCGGACGAUUAUUCGCGACUGACUUACAGGAAAUUACUCGAGGAGGUAUGCAAGUUUGCGAACGUUUUGAAAUCGAAGGGAGUGACGAAGGGAGACCGAGUCACGAUAUACAUGCCGAUGAUUUUGGAGCUUCCGGUGGCCAUGUUGGCCUGUACAAGAAUCGGUGCCGUUCACAGCGUAGUGUUCGGCGGCUACUCGUCGGAUGCCUUAGCCGAGCGAAUUUUGGAUUCGAAGGCGAAGGUUCUGAUUACGACCGAUGGAGUGUGGAGAGGCGAUAAACUCAUUCUUCUGAAGGCAAUUUGCGAUGAUGCUUUGAACAAGGUCAAGAACAACGGCCACGAGGUCGAGAGUUGCGUAGUGGUCGCCCACCUGAGGAGACUCAGUGCACCGCAGGGUAGUAAAGUAAAGGCGGACACAACGGGGAAGACGAAUGGAGUAAAUGGCACGAGCGACGGAAACGGUUUGGCAGGUCCUCGCAUCCCUUGGGACGACGAUCGGGAUUGUUGGUGGCACGAUGAAAUGGAAGAUGUCGAAAGCAGAUGUUAUCCUGUUUGGAUGGCCGCGGAAGAUCCACUUUUUAUUCUAUACACGAGUGGAUCCACGGGUAAACCUAAAGGCGUUCUCCAUACAACGGCUGGAUACUUAAUUUACGCGGCCACGACGUUCAAAUAUGUCUUCGAUUAUCACCCUGGUGACGUGUACUGGUGCACAGCGGACGUUGGUUGGAUUACUGGUCACACUUACGUCGUAUACGGUCCUCUAGCAAAUGGAGCCACUUCCGUUAUUUUUGAGGGUACACCGUUUUAUCCGGAUAAUGACCGAUACUGGUCGGUCAUCGACAAGUACAAAGUUUCGCAAUUUUACACGGCACCGACCGCCAUCAGGUCACUCAUGAAAUUCGGCGACGAUUUGGUGAAGAAACACAACCUCUCCACCUUAAAGGUAUUAGGUUCGGUCGGAGAGCCGAUUAAUCCCGAAGCUUGGCUUUGGUUUUACAAUCUUAUCGGUCGCGAGAAGUGCAGCAUAGCGGACACAUUCUGGCAAACGGAAACAGGUGGUCACGUGAUUACGCCUCUUCCUGGUGCAACGCCGAUGAAACCAGGAUCUGCAACGUUUCCAUUCUUCGGUGUUUUACCAGAACUGGUGGAUGAAGAUGGUCGAUUGAUCGAGGGAGAAGGUGAGGGAUUCUUAGUUUUCCGUCAACCAUGGCCGGGAAUGAUGAGAACGCUUUACGGGAAUCAGCAACGCUUCCAGAAUACAUAUUUCGAUAGAUUCCAUGGGUACUAUUGCACCGGUGACGGAGCUAGGCGCGACGAGGAUGGAUAUUUGUGGAUAACCGGCCGCAUCGACGACAUGUUGAACGUUUCCGGUCACUUAAUGUCCACUGCGGAAGUGGAGAGCGUGUUGACGGAACACACAUCGGUAGCUGAGGCCGCCGUAGUUAGUAAACCACAUCCUGUCAAAGGACAAUGCCUUUAUUGUUUCGUAACACCCAACGAAGGUUCGGUGAUCGAUAAGAAGCUUCAGGAUGAGCUUAAAAAGAAAGUACGUGAUAAGAUCGGUCCCUUCGCUCAACCGGAUGUGAUACAGUACGCGCCAGGUUUACCAAAAACACGGUCAGGCAAGAUCAUGAGACGCAUACUCAGGAAGAUCGCGGCAGGAGACAGAAACAUCGGGGACAUUUCGACAUUAGCCGACGAAAAUAUCGUCGACGUCCUAUUCCAAUUGAGGCCACAGGUUUAAAGAAAAGCUGUGCCUCGCUUCUCCGUCAGUUUAGCCAUCUUCGAAGGAAAUGUCGUGAAACGUAGUAGUUUAGAAAAUGAGAAGAAAAGAAAAGAUAACGCGUUUCCGGCAACCGGACGAAUACGAAAUCUCAAAUAAUAAUACGUUACUCUAAAAAAUGAUAAAAAAAAAAAAAAAAAUUGCGAGCCGUUAUUGUUGAGAAGCGAUAAGAAAGAGUAACUUGUUUGUUGAAGCUGAGAGCGAUUUAACAAGGAGAAUUUUGGCUCUGAUGUUGUGUCUCAAGAACGAAACUUCCUUCUUUCAUAUUAGAAUCGUUUCUCUUCUGUUGAAAGCUAGUAUUUAUAGUACUAUUUAUCGAUUACUUUAUAGGCAAAUAUUGUGCGAUGAUAGAUGCUGUUCCUUUCGCAAAUUGCUGUUCGUUUAACAGCUUUACGACAAGAAACUAUUCGAACUGUGAACGUUGCAAAUCUAUAUGUGAUUUUUUUUAAGUGGGACUAUAGAUGUAUGGUCGAACUUGGUUAUAACUUGCGAAAGUAAAAACCAUAUUGAUUUUAAUUAAGGUGUGAAUUAAAUUUUGGGAAAUUUUUAGAAAUAUCAAAGUGAAAUCGUUAAAAACAAUAUGAAUUUUAAGAUUCAUUAUUCAUAAGACUAACUGCUGAGGUUUAUUAUUAAUCGGUAUAAUUUUUAAUCGCGGACAUUAUAAUACCAAACACAAUUUAUUCGUCGAUAUAUUUUAAAUCAUUUACUAUUAAGCAUUAAUUAAGUGUAAGUUAUUUGUCGGCGGUUAAAAAUUAUACUUUGAUCGAAUAACUUGGAAGUGUAUUGUACAAUAGUUUGUUCGAUUGGUAAUUUAUACGGUCAUGUUAAUACAAAUAAUAUAUAAAUAUGUAAAUACACUAUUUUCUCUCUUAAUAUUUAUUUCAAUUUUUUUAAUAUAAUGUUUCUAAAAAUUAAAACAAUGAAAGAUAUAUUUAACUGAUUCGUCGUAGCAUGUAAUGAUUAUAUCGAGUAAAUUUUAUCGGACUUUUUGGUAUUUGUUAUAACCGAGUUCGACCGUAUACAGGGUGUGUCGUUACAUCAAGACUCACUUUAGCGACGGAUCAGAAACACAAAGCAAUGGAAUAAAUUCAUGUAAAUAUAUGUUCCACUUAAGUUUCUUUGUACAUUUUUGUGUUGUGGUAAUGUCUAGCUAGGCUACAGCUACUCUAGCUUUCUAGAAAUUUGUCGAGAUCUUGAAAUCUUGUAGAUCCGCCAUUCAGACAUGUUUCAGUAAUUUGUUUAAUCUUUAUAGAGGCCAUUGUAUGCAAAUAAUUUAGGUAGAAUCAAUCGGUUGUACAAGUUCACUUUGUGAUUAAGAAGAAGGUUCACCGAAGUACAAAAAUAGCUGUACUUGAAGAAGAAGGAGGUCUAACGGAUGUUGAUGCAAGCUCUGUUCAUUGUUUUUGUGUUCUCGAUCCAUCGCUGGAGUGUAUCUCACGUGUUUGGAUGCAUUCUGUAUAUUAAUCGCUGUGCACCGAUCGUCUUCGUAACAGCAAUAUUUUACGAAUACAAUAAUUGUAUAGGCGAACAUCACAAUCGAAAGGCGUGCAACAAUUGCUCGACUUUGUUAGGAAGCAAACAAUUUUAUAAUGCGCAUGCUGAAUGCAUGCGUUGAAAAUUCAUCGAUCAAUGUGAAAGUAUCUUGAGAACUUUUGAAGAGUUUACAAAAACGUUUGAAUAAAUAAUUAUACAUAUAUCGAACGAGCAUGCAAUAAAGUUACACUAUGUCGCGAGAAUAUAGUAAAGUUAAGAAAGUGCCACAAAGCGCAAACUAAAAAUUAAUUUAUGUUUCUUAACAUCAUCGAUCGUUUCUAGGUUUCUCAAUGCACUUUUUAUACUCGUUCGCCUUGUUUACCGUCUCGUUAAGUUUUUACUUGUUCCGAUUACGGGAGCGUUCGUACAAAUUCUAAUCAGCUCGCUGUAAAGUGUUUGUUCCGUUUAUCGUAAAGGUAACUUGUCAACGAUUCAAGGUACGAACGAGUUUAUGAAAGUAUUACAGCCUGCCUCGAGUUAAGAGAAACGCGACUGAUAUGGUCGAGUCGUAGAAAGAAUUCUUCCACACUCUGUUCGAAACGACCUCGUGUACUUACUAUGACAUGGAAGAUAUAGAUUUGCAAACGAAAAUCAUAUAAUGUUUCCGACGCAACGUUCCAAGUGUCUGGGACGAUUCUUUCUUGCCGACCCGGCUGUAAUUGGAAGUCGAUCAGCGACAGCAUAAAACCCUCUACCGAUAACUUUCAAUUUCCUUUAGGUAUACGAAGCGCCGUUAAGAAUAAGUUUCGAGAAAAAUGGCGAGAAACGCCUAGUAACGGGUUAUUUAAUUUUAGCAAAUUAUUUUUUUUACAGUAACCGUUCCACGGUAAGGGAUGCGACAGACCUAAGUACAUAUACGCACGAUUAUUAACGCACUUUAUAUGAAAGUCAGCGUUUCCUGUAACUUUUAGAAGGCUGGUUUUAAAUGAACUGUUAUAUUAUACGUAAAUGAGCUAAACGCAACGUUGCCUCAUGCUUCCGUUAGGAGCAUGUCACAUACAUAUCAUUCCUCGCGGAACAAAUCAACUAUAGGUGUGAUAAUGAUAUAUAUAUUAAAAAAUAUAUAUAUGUAUAUUAUAUGAAUUAAUGCAAAAGCAUUUUAUAUAUAUAUAUAUAUAUAUAUAUAUAAAUAUAUAUAAAUAUAUAUAAAUGUGUAAAUAUAUCUAUGUUAAAGGACACAAUUGUUAAUGGUCUGUUAAGUGAAAUCGUGGUACGCAUUAUUCAUUCUUGCGAAGCAGUUGCUUUUUUCUACUUUAUUUGGACAUUGACGGUAUAUCUUUUUUUAUUACAAAAUUGCGUAAAGCUUCAGAAUGAAAAAUAAAAAAUGUUAUGCUUUAUCGAAUUUACUUAUCCGACUAGAUUUUCGUUUCAUUUUCUCUCGUACACCGGUCCCUUGCAUGAUUUUUAUCACAGACGAGGUAUACGAGUAGACCUUACAUCCAAUGUAUUUUUUUUCGCCCAUUUUUCUCAGGCUGUAGAAUCCCGUUACCAUUUUCGAGUCACUCGCAAUAUUACCAACAGGUUGCGCGAUAAACAGAAAAGGAAGUGAGAUAGAAAAUGAAAUUACAGAAACGAUCCAGGCCACGGAUAUUUUCGAAUAGAAAUUUU